AUGGAGGUUGAUAACAAAAGGAGACAUUCAGAAGAUGAGUUAAAACAGGAGGCAGUAAAAAAGAUAAAGUCUCAGGAACCAAACUAUGCCUAUCUUGAGACUGUAGUAAGAGAAAAACUAGAUUUCGAUUCUGAGAAAAUUUGCUGCAUUACUCUGUCCCCUUUGAAUGUAUAUUGUUGCCUCGUGUGUGGACAUUAUUAUCAGGGGAGACAUGAAAAGAGUCCUGCUUUCAUACAUUCAAUUGAUGAAAACCAUCACGUCUUCUUGAAUUUGACAAGUUUGAAGUUUUACAUGUUGCCGCAAAAUGUCCAAAUUUUACAUGACGGUGAGGUUCAAUUGUUGAACAGCAUAAAAUUUGCAGCUUAUCCGACUUAUUGUCCAAAAGAUCUAGAAGAUUUUCCGAGACAGUGUUUUGAUUUGAGCAAUCGCACAUAUCUGAAUGGAUUUAUAGGGUUCACCAAUGCGGCAACUUAUGACUAUGCGCAUAGUGUAUUGCUUUUGAUAUCGCACAUGGUUCCAGUGCGGGACCACUUCCUACUGAAUCAUUUUGAUAAUCAAGGGGAAUUUAUCAAAAGGUUAUCCAUAUGUGUAAAGAAAAUUUGGUCCCCUAAACUAUUCAAACAUCAUCUUUCAGUUGACGAUUUUGUAUCCUAUUUGAAAGUUAGAGAAGGUUUAAAUUUAAAUCCUAUAGACCCGCGUCUCUUCCUUUUGUGGCUAUUCAAUAAAAUUUGCUCGUCCUCGAACGACUUAAAGUCAAUUUUAAACCAUUCUUGUAAAGGCAAAGUAAAGAUAGCAAAAGUUGAAAAUAAGCCUGAGGCCAGUGAGUCUGUUACAGGAAAAGUCAUUGUCAAACCAUUUUGGGUUCUGACUCUCGAUUUGCCGGAGUUUUCACCCUUUGAAGAUGGCAACAGCGUUGAUGAUCUCCCACAAAUAAAUAUCACUAAAUUAUUGACUAAAUUUACUAAGUCAAGAAGCUCCUCUACUAGCACCGUUUUUGAACUAACGCGAUUACCGCAGUUUUUAAUAUUUCAUUUCAAUAGGUUUGACCGUAACAGUGAUCAUCCUGUCAAAAAUAGAAACCAAACGUUGGUGGAAUUUUCCAGUGAACUUGAAAUUUUGCACGUCAAGUAUCGCUUAAAAGCAAAUGUGGUCCAUGUGGUCAUUAAACAACCAUCCACAGAUGGAAACGCAUUUAAUGGUGAUGAAAAAAGCCAUUGGAUUACUCAGCUGUAUGAUAACAAAAGUGAAAAAUGGAUAGAAAUAGAUGGCAUAAAUACGACAGAGAGAGAAGCCGAGCUUUUAUUUUUGAAGGAAACGUUUAUACAAGUAUGGGAAAAGCAAGAGUGA